AUGAAAAAGCAAAAGAGAAAUAAUCAUCAUAAAAGGAAAAAAAUUAAAGAAAAAAAGAAUAAAAGUUAUGAAGACACUGAAAAAUCUGAAGGGGAAAUAGUAUAUUCAUUGAUAAAUGACUAUUAUGAUAACAAUUUCAAAAAAAAUUUUUAUAUAAAAAGUAUAAGAACAGAUGGUAAUUGUUUAUUUAGAGCAGUUUCUGAUCAGUUAUAUAAUCAUGAAGAUAAUUAUAAAGAAAUAAGAAAAAAAGUGGUGGAUCAUUUAUCUAAAAAGGAAGAAGAAUAUAAGAAUUUCAUUGAAUAUGACGAAAGUUAUAAAUCUUAUAUUGAAAGAAUAAGCUUAGAUGGAACAUGGGGAGGCCAAUUAGAACUUCAAGCAAUAGGGGAGAUUUAUAAUGUUAAUAUUUUAAUAUACCAAGAAAAUGGUUGUAUACUUGAAAUAAAAAACCACAGUGAUGAUAAAAAAUGCAUUCAAUUACAUUAUGCUUCUAGUGAACAUUACAAUAGCGUUAGAUUUAAGAAUAGAGCACUAGAUAAUGAAUUAAAAACUAUUUCAUAUUUAAAAGAAAUACUUAAUGAAAAGGAUGAAAAUGAUUCAACAAAAACUUUUUAUGAAACAACAGAAAAUGAAUUAACAGAUUCUUAUGAGAAUCGUAAACCUAUUAAACAUGAUAAGAAGAAAAAUUAUUUAAUUAACAAAAAAUAUUCUUUGAAUAGCCAAGUGAAUAAUGAUGAAAUAUUAGAUUGUUAUGUAAAUUCAAAAAGUGAUAAUAAUGUUUUUUUUAGUAAUGAUAAAGAUGCACUAAAUUCUAUUGAUGUACUACAAGGUAUUUAUAGUGGUAUUAGGCGUAAAAGUAUAAGGAGUAGAAGCAUGCCUAACAUAAAUGAAAAAUUUUUGUAUUUUUUUUCAAAAAAAAGAUCAAGCGAAAAUGCGGAAAGUGAUAGCACAAUUGAUAAUUUAAAUGAAAAAAAAAAUAUGGAAAAAAAAAAAAUAAAUAAAAAAAAAAAGGUAAUUUUUAUAAAGUUUAAUUUUUUUAAUCAAGAUACAAAUGAUUUAAAUGAAUAUUUUUAUAACACUUUUAAUAAUAAUAAAGUUAUUCAUAUAUACUAUAAUAAAUUAUUUUAUAAAUAUUUAUGUUUAUCUAAAAGUAUAAAAAAUAAUGAUAGAAAUUCUUUAUUUGUGAAUAAAAAUGAACUUAAAAAAAAUAAUACAAUUAAAGAACAUAAAUAUAAUUAUGAAUUAGAAAAUAAUUGUAAUGAUGUAAAUAAAAAGGAAAACCAUGAAUUUGCGGAUAUCUUAAACGGAAAAGUAAGAGAAAAUAAAAAUAGCUUAAAUAAAAGUAUAAGCAGUAAUAUUUAUAAUUCUCAGUAUGAUAAAACUUCUGAUUAUAAAAAUAAUGAAGUUGUUUAUGAUUUAAUUUCUGAUAGUAUACUAAAUUCAAAAAAAAAUAUUAACAAGAAAGAAGAAACUUUUCCAUUGUCUUCUUGUAAGAGCACAUUGGAUUGUAAUUUAGCUAACGAAAAUAUUUUUAAAAAUGAAACAAAAUUAAAUGAAAUUUCAAUAAAAAAUUUCCUCAAUGUAAAUGAGAAAUAUACUAAUGGAAAAAAUAAGGAAAUAGAUAAAUUUAAUAGUAAUGUUUCCAAUAUUUUUGAUUUAAUAAUUGAUGAUUAUGGAAUAUGUAUAGAUAGUGAAUUAUUUUAUUCUUACAUAAGUAAUAAAUAUAUUAGGGAGAAUGAUAAGGAGGUAAGCAUUUCUUUUUUAAGUAGAGAUAAUUUAGAUAAUCAUAUUAGUAAUUUUUUUAAUUCAAAUAUACAUCCUAAUUUCUCCAAAAGUUCAGAAGAUGGAAUUAUUAAAACUAUUUUCAAUGAUAAUAAUAAAAAAAUGGAUAAUAAUUUUAUUAAUGCUAAUAUGAGCCGCGAUUUAUUAUUAAAAAGAAAAUAUAACAAUAAAAAAUUUAUCAAUAUGUUUUCAAAAGAUCUCUUUUCAAGAGGCCUUUUUUAUUUUUUAAAUGCUGAUUUUAUAUUAGAUGAAGACAAUAUAAAAUAUAUAGCUCAAAGUUUUUAUUGUAAUAAGGGAAUUAAUGUAUUUAAAAAUAAUUAUAAUAAAAAUGAUUUUUAUUUUUGUGAUAAUUUAACAUUUUAUUUUAACUUAAAUCAUGAAAAAUUACAAAAAAAAAUAAAAUAUUCUAAGGAAUGUUAUGAAGAAUUUAUAAUUAAAGAAAAACAUAAGUAUAAUAAAAUUUUAAAGGGAAACAAAACAGCUUGCUUUAACAAAAAAAAAGAAAAAAAAGUACAAAUUAUUUCAAUUUAA